AUUAUAGUUGAUCCUUCGUUGGUCUUGAUUUGCAGAGGUCUCUAAACGGGUCAUGAUGAAAAGAUAAUUGGAACUUUUUGUCCCUUCCCUUCCCGUUUCUUUUCAAUUCCUCCCUUUUCUUUAUUUGUUGCAAGAUUUUGUUUUCCGUACAUCUUAGACCCAAUAAUCUGUUCAAAACUGCCUCCCACCCAUUGUUUGUUUUGCUGCCAGAUGCGCGAUGAGUUGACACAUAUAAAGUCAAGUCAGUACACACUGCUGCUGUUUGACGCACACCCUGGGAUUUUGUGUUCACGUGUUCAUUUUAAAGACAUUCAGCUGUUCAACGUUCAGCUAUGGCAUGACAGGGCACCACCACUCUGCAGUAAGCAAGUGAGGGAGCACCUUGACCAGGCAUUUCCUGAAUAGUGGAUAGGCCAAGAAGGACGACAUCGUUGGCCCAUGAGGUCACCAGACCUAACACCACUGCACUUUUAUUUUUGGGGACACAUGAAAUCACUUGUGUAUAAAAAGAAAAAUAUCAACAAACAAAAAUUUAUGCAAAGAAUAAUGGAAAAUUCCCAACACAUCAAGAAUAGGCUAGAAAUUAUAAGGGAAAGUGUACAUCCCAUGCUGGAGCAAACACAACUGUAUAUUGUGGCUAAUGGUGGCCACUUCGAACACCUGAUGUGACCAUCACAUUAGUGAGGUUGCUGCAAGUGUUGCUGUGUGGUGCUGGUGGUGGCAGUCCUUAUUGUGGCAGGCAGUAUGGGUCUUUUUACUGCCUUCUUCCCCUAUCCAAGUCAUGCAUCUUGCCAGGUUGACUGGGUAUUUGGCAAGGAUUGCAACACAGUGAAAAACCGCCUUAUCCAUCAAAUGAAACUUUGGAGCAGUGAUCAAUGUUCUGCAAAGCAACAGUGCAGAUAUGAGUACCUUGGUGAGGAAGGAGACACAAUUCGAGGCCUUCACACCACUCCUAUCAUGUCCUAUGUGGACAAGCUGAACUUCACUCUUACUGAUGGCAGUGGUGACACUUGCCAAGUUAAGGCAUUCAGUGAGUCAACAGCAUCAUAUGCAGUAAUAGACUUUGGGGUCAACUACUGCAACCUUCGAAAUCUAGUAAUUGGAUCAAGGCUGGAUGAAAAUGAUGCAAAGUAUAAAGAGAAUUCAACAAAUGCAGUGUGCACAAUGUAUUCCAUUGCUCACUGCAAUUUAUACACAGAGUAAAACCAAAAUGUUUGAGUCGAGGUUCACUGUGAUUUGAAAUGGAUGACAAAAUACUUCUACUUGUAUCACGCAUUACUUCCAUGGAAAUCUACAAUGUUUUCAAUAACUUAAGUUGUGAUUAAAGAAUGUUAGUGAGUUGUUCUACAAAAUUUUUUGUUGUGUUUUAGAAAAUGUAUAUAGAUUACCAAGUGUACAAAAAAUAAAAAUUUUCAUGCCUUUGAUGCAUGCAAGGAUAAAUCUCAGAUAGUGUAAGAUAUAAAAUUUGUUUACAAAUGACAAGCUCAACAAUACUAAGUAUUAUAAGAGUGCUUAAACAUUUAUUUAUUUAUUUUAUUCUUUAUUUAUUUAUUUUUAUUUUUAUUUUUUUUUUUUUUCUGGAUUGUAAUGAUUUCCUUUUCUUUGAGUAUGUCUACCCUCCCAUCAAACUUUUUCACUGUGAGGAGUAACAGGUGAAGUUAGGACCUAUUGGGUAUUUAUAUGCAUACAUGCUAACAUUGGAGGGAGGUGUAUCCCAUUAUUUAGUGCAAAGUAGAUAUAAUAUAUUUGCUUUUUUAUUUUAAUACAUUGAUGUAUAGAUGGCUUCUGAUUUGAUGAAGCUGAAGCAAUUGGUCAGCUCAAGGGAUUUUAGUAAGUAAAUAUCACUGGCCAGAAGUUAUGACCUGCAGAUUAAGCCACACCUCCUUUUGUAAACCCUACUCCAUAUUUGCCUUCCCAUCCCCAUUUCCUCCUUGUUUCUACAUUCUCUCUCUCUCUCUCUCUCUCUCUCUCUCUCUCUCUCUCUCUCUCUCUCUCUCUCUCUCUCUCUCUCUCUCUCUCUCUCUCUCUCUCUCUCUCUCUCUCUCUCUCUCUCUCUCUCUCUCUCUCUCUCUCUCUCUAUAUAUAUAUAUAUAUAUAUAUAUAUAUAUAUAUAUAUAUAUAAACACACACACACACACACACACACACACACACACACACACACACACACACACACACGAGCAGCCAAGCUGGAAGGACGCAUAGUUAGCAGCUCUGCGAUCUUGAUCUUGAUCUUGAUGGUACAGGUGGCACAGGAUCACUCCUGAGCCAGGCUUUUGGAUCAGCAACUCCUGUAGAAGGGUAAAAAAAAGAGAAAUGAACAGCAUCCUCUAUCCUAAUUGUUCAUACACCUGGCACGCCACAUUCUCUCCAGAAACUCUUUCACCGCCUCAAUCAUCCUUUCAUUCGCCUCUCUACACAGUCCCAGCAACAACACCAUCCACUCCUUUCCCGUCUUCUCCACUCUUUCAUUCCUAUCAUGCCCUAACUCAGUCAGUAUCACUUGCAUCAUCUCAUUCCUGUCUCUGGCAUACUUCACACACUCCAGCACCACAUGUUCCACCGUCUCAUCCUCUCCCAUGUCACACAUCUGGCACACUUUGCUGCUGGACUCAGACCACCUGUAACUCCUUGCAUUCACAUCCAUACACUGUGCCCUCGCUCGGAAGAGAAGAUCACCGCCCAGGCUUCCAUCAUACCACCUUUCAUACCUCGGGACCUCUUUCUCCUUCUACCAUUCCAGGGUCUUCUUUCUUUCCAUUUCAUUCUUCCAUUCAUUCAGUCCCACACAUUUCACUUCUUUGUCUAUCUCAUUCUUCCAUUUUCUCACAUCCCAUUCGGCUCCCACUCUGACUCCUCUUGUUACCACCCAUUCACGCUCAUUUUGAUUCCUACCAGCCAUUCUUAUCGCCCACACAACUUGCAAUCCAUUCCUGUCUGUCAUUCUCAUGCAUCUCUUCCUCCAUUUGCUUCCACUUUCAUUCCACAGGUACACCUUCCUUGCUAUUCUUGCAUCAUCCAUUCUCUCAAGCCUAAUCUUGUACCUAAGUGUGGCUUUUGUGAGUCUUUCUCUGAAGAUGCUCCUUCCCAUGUCACCUCUCAAGGCUUCAACUGCUGUGCACCUCGGUGCACUCAGUGCAAUCCUUGCUACUCUAUUCUGGCCCACUUCUAACUUAUCAAUUUCACUUUCGUUCCAUGCAAUCACAUCCAUACCAUACAUUAUACAUGGCACAGCCACACUCUUCCACACUUCUCUCAACACAUACUUGCUUGCUCUCAUCCUUGCUGCGCUUCCCAAUCAACCUACCCACUGGUUUACCAUACUUAUCUUUUCAUUCUUUGCCUUUGCACACCCACUAGGACUCAUCCACAUCCCUAAGUACUUGUAUUCUUGCACCUGUCCCAACUCAUUCUCUCCAAGUCUCCAUACCACAUUACUUUCAUCCUCUGACCUAUUCACAAUCAUUACUUUGCUUUUCUCACUGCUAAACCUUACUCCAAAGUCUUUACCAUAGCCAUCCACCACAUCCAACAAACUUUGAAGCUCAUCUGCCGAUUCACUUAUAACAACUACAUCAUCUGCAUAAAGGAGCACACAUACUUUAUCAUUCCCCACACUUACCCCUACUUUCAUUCUUCUCAUCCUGGCUGCUAGCUCCUCUGUAUACAGGCUAAAAAGGGUUGGUGACAAUAUACAGCCCUGCCUAACUCCUCUCUCACUCUUCACCCAGUCUGUUUCUGUCUCCUAGCCUGUAUCUAGCUUUUGUGUCCACAUACAUACUUUGCACUAUGUUAACUAUCUUUGCACUCCAUCCAAUCUUUUCUAAGACUCUACCUAACAUUUCUCUGUUCACUCUAUCAUAAGCUUUCUCCAUAUCCAAAAAACCUAGGUACAAUUUACCCCCAUCCUUUUUCUUCUCAAUCAUUUCAUUCACCACAAACAUAUUGUCCUCAGCUCUCCUGUCCCUAUGAAAACCAUUCUGUUCUUCACCCAGCACUCCAGCUCUCUCAAUCCAUUUACACAGUCUCUCAUUCAACACUGCACUGAAAACUUUACCUAUUGUAUUCACUAAUGCAAUUGGCCUGUAGUUCUUCAGCUCAUUCUUACUCUUAAAUCCUCCCUUAUGCAACAGACACACUCGGCUCUCAUUCCACUUUCUUGGCACUCUCUCUUCAUCCCACACUCGGUUGAAUAAUUCAGUCAUUCUGUCUAUCACUACCUCCCCACCAUUCUCGUAGAACUCAUAGGGUAUAUCAUCUGGACCUGCUGCCUUGCCAUUCUUCUGCCUUCUCACACACCUCUCCACUUCAUCCCUACUGAUUCUUUCAUCCAGUUCAUCUGCAUUCUUCCUUUCCAGUUUUACACAUUCUUCUCUCACACUAAACAUCUCACCUACCCCACCUACUUCCUCCCAGAACCCUUUGAUUGCCUCCCUGAUUCCAUCUUUCUCUGUUAUAACUACACCCUCCACUUUUAGACUCUCCACACCAACACUGCCUGACAUAUUCUCACCUCUCAUGAACUUGUACCAUUCACGGCCACCUUCCAUAUCUUUCUCCCUUAAAGAUUGAAUCACGCUCCUUUCACUCUUCACUUUAGCAUUCAUUAUCAUUCGUCUUGUCAACCACUGCUGCUUCACAUACGCUGCCCAUGCAUUCUGAUACUCAUUCUCUGCCUCAUCGCUUUCAUGCCUCUUUUUCCUCGGCCAUCUACACUGUCUACUCAUUCUCUUUCGCUCCUUCCUAGCUGCUCUGAUUUCAUCAUUCCACAAUGGUUUACAUACAUUCUUUCUUCUACCUACUCUCACAAACCCUAUCUGGUUCUCAGCAGCACCCCUAACGUCUUCAACCAGUUUCUCAUUCAGAUGCUCCACAUCAUGCACACUUUCGUCGUCCCAGCUUCUCUCACUCAGAUCAACCUGAAAGUUCUCCCACCCUACAUCUCUCAGUCUCCACUUCUUUUUCUUACUUGCCACUUUCACUUCAUUCCCACCCUGCAUCAAGCACUCCACAACCAGCAUGUUGUGAUCAGACACAAUAUCAACCAAACCAUCCUCAUCUAUCCACAUGUGCGACACAAUUCCACGCAUUCUUCCAUUCACCAACAUGUAGUCAAUUGCCGAUUCCUGUUCUCUUGCGCUCCAAGUCACACGCCCCUCAGCCAAAGUAACAUUCAGAUUUUCCAGCUCCAGUUCAUCAACAAACUCUCCAAGCAUUUCACCAUUCCUGUUCACCUGUUCCCCCAGUAUUCCCACAUGUGCAUUCAUAUCACCCAUAAUUAGCACUCUCUCCUCUCCAUGCUCUCUCACAAUUUUCUUAAGUAUGUCAUACUUCCUCCUAUUUUCCCUCUCUGCUCUUUCACCCAUGACAGUCAUGUACGCUACCACCAGUAUCACCUUCUCUGGUCUGCCAUGACCAUCCAUGCAUUCCACUCUGACUGCAAGCACAUCCUCACUACUUGUACACUCCCCCACAUCAAUCUCCUCUACUUUCAGUCCUCUUUCUUUCUUGUAGAGUAGGGCUACGCCGCCUUCUCCCAGUGUUUCCUGUGCCUUACACCCCUUUCCAAUCAUAACAUACUCGCAUCCCUCCAUUCGUACAUCAUCUCUUAGGUGAGUCUCAAUGAGCCCGACUAAGUCAAACCUCCACUCCCUGAGCUCCUUGCCCACACCCCAUCCUCUCACAUUCAUACAGCCAAUCUUCACACAUUUACUUGCCUGGUUAGUCUCUUUUCUUUCAUGUUUGCUGACAUCAGUGGGUCCUCCUCAUCAUGUGUCAUCCACACAACACACCUGCCUCACCCUCAUCCACUCAGCCAGUCGACGUCCUAGCCUCUCAUUCCCGUUGUGGUUGAGGUGGACCCCGUCUCUCCCGAAGAAUUUGUCCUGGUCGAGGAUCCCAUCCAUGUCCAGGAAGCUCACGUUUCCCUUCUUCUUUGCCAUCCAUUCCAUCUUGACCUUCAUUAGUUCCAUGCAUAUCUUGCGGUUCGUUUCUCUUCUGACCUUCUCAUACUGCACUCCUUCCUGUGGGCGCCGCAGGACCCCCACCACAGCCACACACAUCUUCUUCUCUUCUGCUGCCCUCACUGCUUCUAUCACUUCCUUUACUGUGUUUUCAGCACCUGCCUCUACUAAGUUGUUGCCCCCUCCUUGGAUAACUAGCAGGCUUCUCUCUUCCAUUUCUUGCACUUCUUCCUUGACUUUCCUCUUGACGUCUUGGAUCUUAGCACCUCCCAUGUUGGUGCACUCAAUUUCCCUUCUCACAAAGUCGGGAGUCUUCCUUACCAUGCUGUCUCCAAUGACAUGUACUGGGGCUUUCUUGAUUACCAUUCUCUUCUUCCUUGGGCAUCUGUCUGUUCUGGCCACUUCCACCACUUCUUGCUGGUCUUUUCUCUCUUCAGUCUUUGUCGUCUGUGCUUCUGCCUCUUUCAUCAGGUUUUCUGUCUGGGUGCUCUGCUCCACUCUCUCUUCUUUUUCUUCAUUCUGGUUCCUCCAUUCAUUGAGGCUCUUGCUCAGGCAUUCCCUGCAGAGGAACACCAGAAGCUCGAACCCCAGCGCCUUCAUGUUGGCCUGCCUCAUGCCCACACAGGCUACAUGGAACCAGGCCAUGCAUCUCUCGCAUACCACAGCCCUUUGCCUGUUCGCCACACUCUCCUCGCAUGAACCACACACGCUCAUCACCAUUUUCAGGGUAUUUCAGCACACAGGCAAGAGAAAAUAAACCACAAAACUCAGAGAAAACUCAGAGAGCAAGGCAAAGCCACUUGUACACACCGCCGAUUUUGAGUCCCAGCAAGGCAACAAUCAGAUCACCAAGAUAAGCCAGUUCUUGAUCUUGAUCUUGAUGGUACAGGUGGCACAGGAUCACUCCUGAGCCAGGCCUUUGGAUCAGCAACUCCUGUAGAAGGGAAAAAAAAAAAAAGAGAAACAAACAGCAUCCUCUAUCCUAAUUGUUCAUACAUCUGGCACGCCACAUUCUCUCCAGAAACUCUUUCACCACCUCAAUCAUCCUUUCAUUCGCCUCUCUACAGCAACAACACCAUCCAUUCCUUUCCUGUCUUCUCCACUCUUUCAUUCCUAUCGUGCCCUAACUCAGUAUCACUUGCAUCAUCUCAUUCCUGUCUCUGGCAUACUUUACACACUCCAGCACCACAUGUUCCACCAUCUCAUCCUCUCCCAUGUCACACAUCUGGCACACUUUGCUGCUGGACUCAGACCACCUGUAACUCCUUGCAUUCACAUCCAUACACAGUGCCCUCGCUCAGAAGAGAUCACCACCCAGGCUUCCAUCAUACCACCUUUCAUACCUUGGGGCCUCUUUCUUCUUGUACCAUUCCAGGGUCUUCUUUCUUUCCAUUUCAUUCUUCCAUUCAUUCAGUCCCACACAUUUCACUUCUUUGUCUAUCUCAUUCUUCCAUUUUCUCAGAUCCCAUUCAGCUCCCACUCUGCCUCCUCUUGUUACCACCCAUUCACACUCAUUUUGAUUCCUCCCAGCCAUUCUUAUCACCCACACAACUUGCAAUCCAUUCCUGUCUGUCAUUCUCAUGCAUAUCUUCUUCCAUUUGCUUCCACUUUCAUUCCACAGGUACACCUUCCUUGCUAUUCUUGCAUCAUCCAUUCUCUCAAGCCUAAUCUUGUACCUAAGUGUGGCUUUUGUGAGUCUUUCUUUAAAGGUGCUCCAUGCCAUGUCACCUCUCAAGGCUUCAACUGCUGUGCACCUCGGUGCACUCAGUGCCAUCCUUACUACUCUAUUCUGGCCUACUUCUAACUUAUCAAUUUCACUUUCAUUCCAUGCAAUCACAUCCAUACCAUACAUUAUACAUGGCACAGCCAUACUCUUCCACAUUUCUCUCAACACAUCAUACUUACUUGCUCUCAUCCUUGCCGCGCUUCCCAAUCGACCUACCCACUGGUUUACCAUACUUAUCUUUUCAUUCUUUGCCUUUGCGCACCCACUAGGACUUAUCCACAUCCCUAAGUACUUGUAUUCUUGCACCUGUCUUAACUCAUUCUCUCCAAGUCUCCAUACCACAUUACUUUCAUCCUCUGACCUAUUCACAAUCAUUACUUUGCUUUUCUCACUGCUAAACAUUACUCCAAAGUCUUUACCAUAGCCAUCCACCACAUCCAACAAACUUUGAAGCUCAUCUGCCGAUUCAUUCAUAACAACUACGUCAUCUGCAUAAAGGAGCACACAUACUUUAUCAUUCCCCACACUUACCCCUACAUUCAUUCUUCUCAUCCUGGCUGCUAGUUCCUCUGUAUACAGGCUAAAAAGGGUUGGUGACAAUAUACAGCCCUGCCUAACUCCUCUCUCACUCUUCACCCAGUCUGUUUCUAUGUCUCCUAGUCUGUAUCUAGCUCUUGUGUCCACAUACAUACUUUGCAUUAUGUUAACUAUCUUUGCACUCGAUCCAAUCUUUUCUAAGACUCUACCUAGCAUUUCUCUCUUCACUCUAUCAUAACCUUUCUCUAUAUCCAGAAAACCUAGGUACAAUUUACCCCCAUCCUUCUUUUUCUUCUCAAUCAUUUCAUUCACCACAAACAUAUUGUCCUCAGCUCUCCUAUCCCUACGAAAACCAUUCUGUUCUUCACCCAGCACUCCAGCUCUCUCAAUCCAUUUACACAGUCUCUCAUUCAACACUGCACUGAAAACUUUACCUAUUGUAUUCACUAAUGCAAUUGGCCUGUAGUUCUUCAGCUCAUUCUUACUCUUAAAUCCCCCCUUAUGCAACAGACACACUCAGCUCUCAUUUCACUUUCUUGGCACUCUCUCUUCAUCCCACAUUUGGUUGAAUAAUUCAGUCAUUCUAUCUAUCACUACCUCCCCACCAUUCUUGUAGAACUCAUAGGGUAUAUCAUCUGGACCUGCUGCCUUGCCAUUCUUCUGCCUUCUCACACACCUCUCCACUUCAUCCCUACUGAUUCUUUCAUCCAGUUCAUCUGCAUUCUUCCUUUCCAGUGUUACACAUCCUUCUCUCACACUAAACAUCUCACCUACCCCACCUACUUCUUCCCAGAACCCUUUGAUUGCCUCCCUGAUUCCCUCCUUCUCUGUUAUAACUACACCUUCCACUUUUAGCCUCUCCACACCAACACUACCUGACAUAUUCUCACCUCUCAUGAAUUUGUACCAUUCACGGCCACCUUCCAUACCUUUCUCCCUUAAAGAUUGAAUCACACUCCUUUCACUCUUCACUUUAGCAUUCAUUAUCAUUCAUCUUGUCAACCAUUGCUGCUUCACAUACGCUGCCCAUGCAUUCUGAUUCUCAUUCUCUGCCUCAUCUUUUUCAUACCUCUUUUUCCUCAGCCAUCUACACUGUCUACUCAUUCUCUUUCGCUCCGUCCUAGCCACUCUGAUUUCAUCAUUCCACCAAGGUUUACACACAUUCUUUCUUCUACCUACUCUCACAAACCCUAUCUGGUUCUCAGCAGCACCCCUAACGUCUUCAACCAGUUUCUCAUUCAGAUGCUCCACAUCAUGCACACUUUUGUCGUCCCAGCUUCUCUCACUCAGAUCAACCUGAAAGUUCUCCCACCCUACAUCUCUCAGUCUCCACUUCUUUUUCUUACUUGCCACUUUCACUUCAUUCCCACCCUGCAUCAAGCACUCCACAACCAGCAUGUUGUGAUCAGACACAAUAUCAACCAAACCAUCCUCAUCUAUCCACAUAUGCGACACAAUUUCACGCAUUCUUCCAUUCACCAACACAUAGUCAAUUGCCGAUUCCUGCUCUCUUACACUCCAAGUCACACGCCCCUCAGCCAAAGUAACAUUCAGAUUUUCCAGCUCCAGUUCAUCAACAAACUCUCCAAGCAUUUCACCAUUCCUGUUCACCUGUUCCCCCAGUAUUCCCACAUGUGCAUUCAUGUCACCCAUAAUUAGCACUCUCUCCUUUCCAUGCUCUCUCACAAUUUUCUUAAGUAUGUCAUACUUCCUCCUAUUUUCCCUCUUUGCUCUUUCACCCAUGAUAGUCAUGUACGCUACCACCAGUACCACCUUCUCUGGUCUGCCACGACCAUCCAUGCAUUCCACUCUGACUGCAAGCACAUCCUCACUACUUGUACACUCCCCCACAUCAAUCUCCUCUACUUUCAGUCCUCUUCUUUCUUGUAGAGUAGGGCUACGCCUCCUCCCAGUGUUUCCUGUGCCUUACACCUCUUUCCAAUCAUAAGAUACUUGCAUCCCUCCAUUCAUACAUCAUCUCUCAGGUGAGUCUCAGUGAGCCCAACUAAGUCGAACCUCCACUUCCUGAGCUCCUUACGUACAUCCUCAAACUUGCCCACACCCCAUCCUCUCACAUUCAUACAGCCAAUCUUCACACAUUUACUUGCCUGGUUAGUCUCUUUUCUUCCAUGUUCGCUGACAUCAGUGGGUCCUCUUCAUCAUGCCUCGUCCACACAACACACCUGCCUCGCCCUCAUCCACUCAGCCAGUCGACGUCCUAGCCUCUCAUUCCCGUUGUGGUUGAGGUGGACCCCGUCUCUCCCGAACAAUUUGUCCUGGUCAAGGGUCCCAUCCAUGUCUAGGAAGCUCACGUUGCCCUUUUUUACCAUCCAUUCCAUCUUGACCUUCAUGAGUUCCAUGCAUAUCUUCUGGUUCGUUUCUCUUCUGACCUUCUCGUACUGCAUUCCUUCCCGUGGGCGCCGCAUGACCCCCACCACAGCCACACACGACUUCUUUUCUUCUGCUGCCCUCACUGCUUCUAUCACUUCCUUUACUGUCUCUUCAGCACCUGUCUCUACUAAGUUGUUGCCUCCUCCUUGGAUAACUAGCAGGCUUCUCUCUUCCAUUUCUUGUACUUCUUCCUUGACUUUCCUCAUGACGUCUUGGAUCUUAGCACCUCCCAUAAUGAAAUAGGAAAAAGGUAGAGGUAAUUCUAAAAGUAGAGUUGAAAGGAAAUUAGAAGAGAAAAAUGGAGCCGAACUGAACUGGUUUGUUUACGCCGAGCAACGAGUCAGCAGCUGGAUAACGCAACUUCUUGGGGUUUUGUGCUGGUGAUAGUGAGGUUAGCACAAAACUAUGGCAAAGAAGAGUGUUGGCCCUGGAAAGUGACAUGGAAAAACUGAUGGAGAGAUUCAGAGCUGUGGAAGAGACCCAGGUAAGCCAAAUUAAAGAAUUGAAGGGAUUGAGAGCCAAAAACAUAGAGCUAAGAAAUCAGUGCAGUGCUCUGGAGAUAGAAAUUAAGGAAUGCAGUAAGAAAGUGGAAGGAAGUGCCAAAACUGUAGUGCAAUUAAGUGAAAGGCAAGAUGCAUGAAAAAAGCUCCAAGAAGGAGAUAAGGUAAAAUUUGAGAGGAAAGUAGAUAAGUUGGAGAAACAAAUGAGUGAGCAAGAGACCAUACAGGGAGAGGUAGUAAACUUUGAGAAAAUAAUAGAACAACAAUUAAAUGAGGCCAAAAUAAUGCAAAAGGUGGUAAAUGUUAUCAAGACAAGUGAAUCUCUUGUAAGAGAGACAGUUGACAAAAAAGAAAUGUAUAAUUGUCUUUCGGGUUAAGGAAAUUAAGGAAAUCAAGAAAGCUGUAAGAGAGAAAGAGCUGAAAGAUAUAGUAAACAAAGUGGUGGGAAAGGUACAAGAGGAGUGGAAAAUACACAAGGCAAAAAAGGGCAAUAUGUAGUGAUGUACGUACCAGCAAAAAACCAAUGUCUGGUCAAAUGAAGAAUGUGAAAUAAUGAUAAAAGACACAGUGACCUGGAUAGAGAAAGUGCUAAGUGGUGAUAAAUUGAUCAUGAUGGGAGACUUUAAUUGUAAGGAGGUGUGUUGGGAACAGUGGUACACGGAGGGAACAGAAUCAUCUUGGAGAAAUAAAUUAUUACAGCUGGCAGUGGAUAAUAUAUUAACUCAAUGGAUAAAAGGUGAUACAAGAUUUGGAAAAGAUGGAGAAACAUCAAGACUAGAUCUGUUAUUUAGUAAGGAACCAGAAGAAAUUGAGAAUGUUCACACAAGGUGUCCGUUAGCCAAAAGCGACCAUGCUACCAUAGAAUUCAAUAUAAAUGAGGAAAUAGAGAAUCAAAGGAAUGAAGAACACUAUGCUGGGAGAUUAAAUUACUGGAAGCCAGACUUUGAUAACAUGAAUUUUUUUCAAGAGGAGAGAUGGGAUAUGUUCCAUAAGGCUACAAGGGUCCAACAGAAGUAGGAUGAAUUUCUUAAAAUGUAUAUAGAAGGUGAAAAAAGUUUAUGCCUAAAAAGCAGGCAGUAAUAGCUGGUAAAAAAAGAGUGUUUUAAUAAAAGAUGCAAAGCAGCAAGAAGGAUGAAAGAGGAUACAUGGAAAAAAUGGAGGAAAAGUAAAAGAAUUAACCAAUGGAAUAAUUACAAACAAUCAAGAAAUGAUUAUGUGAAGAUCCUGAGGGAUGAACAAAGACAGUUUGAGAAAAAUAAUAGACAGGUUUAGACAUGAGCCCAAACUCUUCUAUAGAUAUGUGAAUAGUAAACUGAAAAGCAAAGUGAGUAUAGGAAAGCUAAUGGUUGAUGGAGUGGUUUAUGAAGACCCAAAAGAAAUGGCAGAAGUGAUGAAUAAGACCUUUAAGGAAGUUUUUACAAAGGAAAAAGAAUUUCGUAAGGCAAUUGGGCAUACGUGAAAAUGGAAAAAUAGAGGCAUUUCAAGUACCAAAAAAGGAAAUUGAUGAAAACAUCUAAACAUUAGAUGUGAGAAAGCCCACAGGACUGGAUGGAGUGUCGGGAUGGGUAAUAAAAGAAUGCAGUAACCAGCUUAGUGAUAAAUCACAUACCAUCAUAUGUACCUCUGUUAAUGAAGGAAUAGUUCCACAGGAUUGGAAAAGAGCAAACAUCAUACCUAAAUUUAAAGGAGGAGACACACAAGACCCACUAAAUUAUAGACUGAUUUCGCUGACGAGUGUGGUUGCAAAAAUAUGUGAAAGGAUUAUAAAGAACAAAUGGACCAAGUUUUUGGAAGAUAAGGACAUUCUCACAACUUGUCAAUUUGGCUUUAGAAAAGAGAGAUCUUUUGUCACUAAUUUAUUAUUUUAUUAUUCAAGAGUGAUUGAUAUCAUACAGGAGAGAGAGAUGGUUGGGCAGGCUGUAUUUAUCUAGAUUUAAGAAAAGCUUUUGACAAAGUGCAACAUAAUAGACUGCUGUGGAAGCUGGAAAAGAUAGGUGGUGUAAAUGGAAAAAUGCUGAAAUGGAUGGAUGAUUUCCUUAGAAACAGAGAGAUGCGAACUGUAAUAAGGGACCAGACAUCAGUGUGGAGCUCAUUAUUAAGUGGGAUCUCCCAAGGGUCAGUGUUGGCACCAAUGAUGUUUGCGGUUUAUGUAAAUGAUAUGGUGGGGAAUGUAUCCAGCUAUGUGAGUCUUUUUGUUGACGAUGCAAAAUUUAUGAGAAGAGUGAAGGGAACUGAAGAUUGUAAAGUACUACAAAGAGAUAUAGACAAGGUGUGGGAGUGGAGCAACAGAUGGCAAAUGGAAUUUAACUCUGGUAAGUGUAAAAAGGUGGAAUUUGGAAAAAGUAACAGGUGUAGCUAUAACUAUAAGAUGGGGAAUGAAACAAUAAAUAAGACAACAAGAGAAAAGAUCUGGGAGUGAUUUUCUCAGAGAAUUUAUUACCAGAAAAACAUAUUAAGAUAACAGGUGAAACUCUCAGCCUACUAAGAAAUAUAAGAGUUGCCUUUGCUUAUCUGGAUGUAGAAAUGAUGAGGAAAAUAAUCACCACAAUGAUAUGUCCAAGGUUAGAAUACACUGGUAAUUUGGUCACCACAUGAAAAAAAGCACAUAAGAAAGUUGGAAGGAAAACAGAGAGCAGCAACGAAGAUGAUAACAGAAUUGCAAGAUUUGUCACAUGAAGAGCGACUAGCUAGAGUGCAACUCGCAACCUUAGAAAAGAGAUGAGAGAGAGGUGACUUGAUUGCAUUGUACAGAUUGCUGAGUGGGAUGGAAAAACUAGAUAGGGAACAUCUCUUUAUAAUGAAUGAAAGAGAAACAAGAGGACAUGGAAGGAAACUAAAAGUAACCACCUGCAGAAGGGACAUAAAGAAGUUUAGCUUCUCUCAUAGAAGCAUAGAGGCAUGGAAUGGACUGGAAGGGAAAGUGGUGUGUGCUACAAAUAUUUAUGACUUUAAGGAAAAGUUGGAUAAAAACAGUUAUGGAGAUGGGACAGUAUGAGCUUCACUCAUCUCCCUUAUGUCACAACUAAAUAAAUACAUCAUGUGUGGCACAGGUGGAGGGUGGUGAGAGGUCAUCAUUCCCUUGGGAUUAUGAAUUAGCUUCUGGAGAGAAAGGGAUGGGGGGAAGGUGUUAGAGAAAUAAAUGCUACAAGAUGCUAUCCUACCUCUUGUAUCCUGAGUUUGAGUGACAACUUAGAUUAAAUUAUACCCACCUUUUUUUAAUAA